AUGGCCAUCGCCGUUCCCAACUGUAGCCAGACGCCUUCGGCUCUCGACAAGCAAAAGCAGAGCAUGUGGCAGCGAUUGGGUUGGCGGAAAUUGCUAGGCCGCGACGAUCGAGAAUCCGACAGUCAAGAUGAAACUUCUGACUCGCGCGCCAAACAUGACAACUUGACACGUCGAAUCUCGCGAAAGGUUGGUGUCGGACUUCCCAAGAACCCCAAGCGACAAAGUUCCGAUCUCGAACGACUGGCGCCUCGGGAGCCAGAUCAUCGUCGAGCCCUAUCCGCCGACCGCCGUCCGAUGAGCGCACAACGAACCCGGACUCGGUCUCCACCGCCAACCGACCCCAGACAAUCCGCACCCGAGAUUCAGUGGCUCGGCCCGCCCACAACCACGGUCGACGAUAUCGAGAACGAUGGAAUGGACGAUUGGGACGCCUAUCACCCCUAUCCUGACCCUGACCCGGAACUCGACCCGGAACUCGACACGGACAUGGAGAUGGAGGAUGUCUCGAAAGAAGACCCAAUCGAUUUAGAGAUGGAGUUGGAACAACGAUGGAUUUUGAAUCUCAGCAUGCACUUCCGAGAUCGCUCGGAGCGCGAGAAGUUCUUCGUGACGUACGCGGAGACUCCCAAUCGAUGGCGACGAGUCACAGUCUCCUGCGACUACCGUGAUCCACCGCCCGGCUCGUUGGAGGAGGAAUUAAGGGGGCUCCGAUACCAACGCGACAAAUGCAGCCGGAUCUACGAAUCCAUCCGGGAGUCCCUGUUGGGAAUUCGAUUCUACGAUGGAGUUACAAACUUGAAGCUUGAGACGAGUGAUGGUCAACUGCACGUCUUUGUGACCGAAGAUGUAAACGAGGCCAUUCCCUACCCUCCAAUUUCCAGCAUUGGACAUUUGGUCGGGGCCCCGAUGAUUCCGGAACACAUGCUACACUUCGAGUCCCAUCUGUCCGGAUUUGUUUACAAGGUGAAUUUUGGUGGCCGUUACUAUAUAAAGAAAGAAAUCCCAGGUCCGGAUACUGUGGAUGAAUUCCUUUACGAAAUCAACGCUCUGCAUGCCUUGAACGGCAUACCGAGCGUGAUCCAAACGGAGGGAAUCGUGAUCGACGAGGAAAGAUGUGUCGUGAAAGGACUGCUGAUCAGCUAUGCUGAACAGGGUGCUUUGGUUGACAUCCUGUAUGAGAACCACGGAAACACGGAGUUCGUGCGACGCGAACGAUGGGCGAAACAGAUCGUCCAGGGACUCUGUGAGAUCCACGAGUCUGGCUAUGUGCAGGGUGACUUCACCCUGGCGAACAUCGUAGUGGAUGCGGCGGACAAUGCCAAAAUCAUCGAUAUCAACCGGCGAGGCUGCCCAGUCGGAUGGGAGCCGCCAGAAAUUGCCGCCAAGAUCGAGAGCAACCAGCGCAUUUCCAUGUAUAUUGGCGUCAAGACAGAUCUCUUUCAACUGGGAAUGACCUUGUGGGCACUGGCCAUGGAGGAUGACGAGCCAGAACGACAACCACGACCCCUUUACCUUAGCGAGGAUGCGAAGGUGCCUGACUACUAUCGUCGCAUUGUACAGAUCUGUCUGAGUCCCAAUCCACGACAUAGGUUGUCUGCCAAGGAACUUCUCGCCAUGUUCCCCCAAAGUGUCCACGCAGUAUGCAUACCGGCAGACCGGCCAUUGCACAACAUUCCCAACCAUACCGGAUACUUCCCUGAACAAGACUACAAGUGGUCCCAACAGCCUCCCCCGGGGAUCAGGAUGGCUGAUCCUCAGGGUAUGAUGCGUCAAGACGACCAAUUUUACCCCAAGAACGAAUUCUUGGACGCCGCAUACCGUGACCUGCAGCAACCAGUUUUUGACAAACAUGGCCUCCAAAAAUCAUCGACCAUCACGCUCGCUGAAGCAAAUGGUGAAACGGCUUUUUCGUCCAAGCCUUCUUCUUCUUCCACUUUGAAUCACCAUGAUACCCCCAACAACGAAGAAUAUAUCGACUACUCCCGCUAUUCCGACAAACCUCCCUAUCACACCCCUCAGAAACAGGAGAACGAAGCUAUUCCAGCCUCGCACGAAGCCUCAGGAGAAAACCUCCGCGCUCAGCCAGCGGAGCCACUAGCUGCUUUAGAUGAACCAGCCAGUGCCAAUGCUCUCACCAGGGGCCAGCAGCCCCCCGCCACUCGAAACAUGUCGACUGGAUCGACAAGUCAACGCCCUCAAGAAUUGCCUACUCCUGCGAACGCUACCGGUUCUGCCACCACGGCUUCCAAGCUUACAUCCAAACCGCAAGGCGCAAAUCAACCAGAUCAAAAGGAAACCAAAGAAGAGGAUAACCUCAAGCUGUCUUGUUUAUCUAUCAACCCUGCCCUCGCCUCCCUUCAGACUCCCCAGGGCUCCCAAAGUGCCCCUACAACAACGAUCCCGCCUUCCACGCCAACUGAGCGAGAUGGGUCACACCAACCGUUUGCAAAAUCGACCAACACUAAAUCAGCCUUCACUGGGAAUUCAACCGCAAGAUCUUUGAUUGGCUCGAGCUCCUCAGUCAGCCCCAAGGCUGGCAUCACUGGCGCUUCACUUGGACUUGGCACCAAGUUCCCAGCGGCGUCCCCUUUCACCAAUAUGCUAAGGCAGUCUGGAGCGCAGCCGCCUUUCAAAUCGGCGGGCGUGAAGCCCUCCACAACCCCAUAUACUGCAGCCCCAUCCGCUCAACCCUCACCACCUAUCUCUGCCCUCAAUUUCACAAAAUCUUGUCUCGUUGAUCCAAGCCCCUCCACCGUCGACGCGCGAUCAAACAACGAAGCUUCAACUCAAGCCCGGGCAAUGGUGAUUGACACCAAGUCACCCCAGGCCCCCGAUCUAGACUCCUCGUCUCUUCAUGGCUCGAGUUUACCCAUUAGCCCUGCUUCGCUAGACUCAUUGGAUCUCAAGCCAGCUGUCAAGGCUACGGCAGGGUCUGCAACGAGAACAAGGGACCUCGAUGUCGUUGACGCUAAACCAACACAAACGACUCCCUCGAACUCUACUCCCUCCCUCCGUGAAUCAGAACUGCCAAUGAGCCCUAAUUCCACAAGCCACAAGGCUCGGGCGACGGCUGCCAACGGGUCUCAUGUUAAGCCUGGCGCUCAUCCCACGCUUCUAAGAUCACCGGACUCAACAGCUUCUCUGAUUGACUCUCGGCUGCCUAUCAGCCCUGCGACUGUGAACUCCAAAUCUAUCGCAGAGGCCGUCAAUCAACCGUUUACGCCGCCCGUGGAUGCAAAGCAUACACUCCCAAGGCCAUCGGAUUCAGCGCUAUCUCUACUCAGCUCCAGAUUGCCCAUCAGUCCUGCAUCGACAAACUCAGUUCCUGGAACAAGAACUGUGGAGCAAAUGCCUCCGAAGCCUACCAACACUGCGCCACCCUCGGUCAGGCCGUCAGGGUCUGUCUCUUUACUCAGUUCGCAGUUGCCGAUCAGUGCUGCUUCCACAGAAGCGAUUGCUCCCACGAAUGCGACGAGCCAGUCACCAUGCACACAGUCAACAAGCUCACCGACACUUCUCGAUUCCAGCCUGCCAAUCAGCCCUGCUUCAGUGAACUCAUAUAUCCCUGCACAGGUCGCAAGCCAGCGACUUUCCAAGCUCAUGACCAGAUCCGCCCCAGCCGAAUCAUCAGACUCACCUCUGCUCCUGGGUUCAAGCCUGCCGAUCAGCCCAGCAUCACUGGAUUCGAACCCCGUAGUGACGAAUGGCGCAUUCCUCCCCAAACCCGUCGAUCAAGCUACACUAGCCCAACCCUCCGACCAACCAACUCUCCUCAGCUCGAGUUUACCCAUUAGCCCUGCUUUCGUGAACCCGGUCAGCCCGGCUACCGCGGCAGUACCUGCUGCCCAUCGGGCACCCUCGAGCCAGGCACCUCAUCCGAUUCGACACCGGCCCGCAACCUACUUUUCUCGGGCAGCCUCAUAG